CCCAAUAAGCCAGGUAAAGAUGGUGAGGUCGGCGUUCAAUACAUCAAUAUGGGGAAAAGCUCGGACCACAAGUGGAAUGAACUUGACUCAAAGACUAAAAAAAGCUAUCCACUGGCAGUAAUUAACAUCAUCAGAAGAGAAGCUGAGGACCUGUUACUAAGCAACAGCAAUGAUAAUAAAGGGAGAGACGCGUUGAAGUUUAUACUCAGCUUGACGAAUGAAAGAAGUGAUUUGCAGGCGCUGAAGAAAGGUGAGACAUCAUACGUUCCCUUCAUAACUUUGACGUAAUUUAGAACUAAAACCAAAUUAAGCCAUCUCUAAUUCAAAAACCAAAAUUAUUAUAUUAGUAUUUAAUUAGUUUUUGAAUGAAAGAUGGCUUCAGACUUUGAAAUAUAUAUUUCUUAAAAGUGUUUUUUGUACUAAGAUGGUUUUGAAAUGGCAUCCGGUUUUUACUCCAGACGUUCAACAAAAGCUUGUUUUUCUGGGUCAAGACGGCUACGACAUUUUCGGCAAGAAUGAUAUGUUUGCACCUCGCGUCAAAUGGCAAUCUCUUGAAAAAUCUGUCGAGGAAAUCAAGACGGCAGCCGAAAGCUAUGAAAACGCUUUCAACGAUAUUAUUUCUACCAUAGAGAAAGGGAAAAACUUCAAAAAGGUAAGUUUUUGACAUUCGGACCGGUAUUUCUGAAUCACAUUCGCUUGUCUCAGAACCUCUAUACGGUCCCGCUUUAACCAGAUUCAACUUCUUCCUGGUUAUGACAUUUUCGAUCACACUGCAGAUAGCGUUAUUGUUAUUGUUUGAACAUCUUGUUGAACAAUGUGGACUUUUGGAUGAUCUUUAAUCAUCUUUAAAUAAGUCAAAACUAUUAUGGUUUAGUAUAUACUAAAACAGUGGAUAGUGUUUUUCGCGCGCUCUGAUUGGCUACUCAAUCAGUGAAUAUCCUGCACUAUUCACUGAUUCACCUCCAGUUCCUCCGAGCGAGCGACGCCAAACUCGCGUAGGUUGCGAGCAAAAUGCUUUCCCGGUUUGCUGCCGUAACAAACUAAGAAAUUUCACAACUAAUCAAGCAAGCUAUUUCCGAAAUACAUGAAGAAGGUGACGAAGUUCGGUUUGGAAGUUUUAACAGGUAAAGCUUUGUCUUUUUGACUUGAAUAGUUAUCGAUAAAACCGGUGAAAAAGUUUUUUGUUUACAAAUGCAAAUUAAGCUUAAGUCUUGCGUUACUUUAUUUCGUUGACUUGUUCAUAAAUAAGCUUAAAACUAAAUUUAAUAAUCUUUUUUACAGAAUUAUUUUAGAUACAAACAGAAUUCACAACUCCUUUUGAAGAAACUUCCCCGCAAGAGCUAAACAAAUGCCUUCAAAAGUUUUAUUUGUCGCUAAGAAAAAGCGACGACCGCGGCCGUCCGGUCAUCGCGCGCCGAAAUUGUAAUCGUUCGGAACAGUAAAUGAGUUAAAAAUCAUCAUUUUGUGCUCAAUUAUCUCACUGUUUUAGUAUAUACUAAAACAAUUAUUCACCUCAGUGUCGGUGGCUAUAUAGUAGUGGUUAUUUACCUCGCCGCUUCGCGGCCUCGGUAAACUGAUCCAAUACUAACCACCUCCACUUCGGUGAACAAUAGGCCAUUUUACAGUUGUGUAUGGAAGCGAGACUGAGGGUGACCUUAUUUUGAUACAAACCUUUCUGCUUUAUUCUGUAAAUCAAGUUAUUCUUAUGCUAACUAUUAUUUUUCAAGAACAAUUUCCAUAACAAAGCAAAGAAGGUUUGUAUCAAAACAAGGUCACCCUCAGCCUCGCUUCCAUCCAUAACUGUAAAAUGGCCUAUUGUUAUAUAUUCUAUUAUGUUAAGAAGGCAAGGGCACUGUUUGUCAUAAUAAUUAUCAUUGAUUGUCUUUUAUCUAUCGUUUUUUGUGUUUGCUUAGUUUGUUUGUUUUUUCCUGUAGAUUGCCUCAAGAAUGUCUGCUGUAGUAGGCUUACACGUUAAUGCAGAGAAAAAGCGACUCGAAGAGGCCAAACUUAGUGCAGAAAGUGAAAAGACCACUUAUGUAAAAGUAAAUUCAUUUGGAAUGGCGCCUUGGAACUUUUUCUGCAUAUUUUCGUUCAGUUUGACUUAAUAUGAAUUAUUUCUGUCUUAUCAUCGCUUCUUUUCUUUUCUUUUUUAUUCAUUUAUUUAUUUAUUUUCGUUGUUUUUGUUUUUGUUUUGUCUCUUGCCAGUCCAUUGAGUACCUUGAAGAACAGAUGUCGAGUAUAAUUCAAGAGGUUACGUCUGAGCUUCCGGGCGUUUAUAAGAAGGCCAAGUUCAAUUCCCAAAAUCUAAUUGGAAUGCUUCAGGGACUUGUAGGAUUCGCUGCAGCAGGAGCUGCUAAGGACCCAUUUGCUCUCAUUGACCAGACACUGGCUCUUGCAGAAGAAUCAUCUCAACGUUGUCACCUAAAAUCUCUUGACUCAUAUUUGGGUAGCAUUAAGCAAUGGCUGACCUUUGGAAAGCAUUACAAGCCUUUGGUUGAUUCCAGUGAAUUAGACUUUGAUCAAAUGAACGUCAGUUCAGUUCCUCAGAUAAUGCAGGUACAUAUGAGUCGCUGCAACGUUUUAAGACAGUAUAUGGAAUUCAAUAACUGCGGACCCCUAAUGAGGACCAACAGUUAUAAAGAGAAUGAAUGGAUCGGAACCGAGUCCUGGAGCCUUUUUCUCUAAAUUCCGAUAGCUUUUCGGGCCCGGAAAGCUAUGCCUUAUUUCGUCCAAGAUCAAAGUUUUAUCAAUUUUGACAAUGAUGCAAUUAUAAUAUCAGUUAAGGAUGCAAAAUAUACUCAUUAUGAGCUAGGAACUGUGCUACUAUUCAACAAGUUUUGAUUCUAUAAUUUGUCUUCGGACCCGAAAAGUUUCCGGCCCUUUAAUUUCCAGAACCGGGCCCAGAAAUGAAUAACCACAGAUCGCCGACAUAUUCUGGUCUCUAGAGGUUAGCAAUGUAUUGAAAUUUUUCGGCAUCGGCAGUUUAAAAACAACAGCAAAAAAUGUUAUUAUUUGGCUAUUUGCUUUAAAGACUUGAAAGGUAACCGUGGCGCUUGUUAUUUUUAAUCUUUCGUUUCUUAGAGAAGACACUCGGCAAUCUUCUGAUAUCAACGACCGCCGGACUGGUUUGAUCAAGCCUGUUAUUUUGCUUUUUUAUUUAUUUAUUUACUAUUUGAUACUUUUCAAACUAAAGGAUGAAGACGCUGACUAUGAGAGCAAUAACUUAAUAUAUAGAUUUAGCCAGGGCUAAAAGCGAAGCUCCUAUUAACUCGAAUUUAUAAUUUGAAUCGAACAAUAAACUUGCAAUUGUAUUCCACAAAUCAGUUAACUUUAGAGCACAUUCAUGUGACUUUUGAGGGAAAGGCUAAGUUAUUUUAGAGAAAAAUAAUUUGCAAACAGUCCAAGCUAAGAGUGAACUUAAUCUUAGAUCGAGCUGAUAGCCUCUAUAUACGUACACCCAAAAAAUAGCAAUCAUCUUCGAUCACAUUUAAGAGCCAUAAUGGCUCUUGAUCACAGUAGAUUAGGCCUGGAAAACAAAUUCUUGGAAAACAAAUCAGGCCGAAUUUAUUGCGUUCGACAAGUUUAUAAUUUACUUUACAAAAUCUUGCCAACAAGUCUGGGGACGUGUAAACCAACCUUUUAUACUUUUUAUACAUCACAUCUGAGGUGAAACAGUACCAUGAGGCGCUGUUUCUAUCAUACAGACCUCGGAAAGAAUGCAGUAUUUCACAAUUUUGCAAUACAAAUUGCACUCACUCAAGAUUCAGGACGAUCGAAGCACGCGUGUGCUUUUACCGGAACCGUUAAAAAAAUUUCCAAAAUCACCUAUAUAUACGGCUAGCCGGUUCUCACUUUUGACAAGCGCUAAAGUCGACUGUUUAAAUCAAGAUUAAUAGAGUUAUACGCUUCAUCAUGAUAAAGAAUUUAUUAUGUUUAUUUUUUGUUUAACGGUUUUAUAACGAUGUGUAAUCUUCUUCGUUUGAUACGCGCGGCAUUUUGAGUACUCCUGCAAGCGAUGUUCAUGAGCGACUGAAAACAAACAGCACAGCGAUUAAAAUUGCAAAAGAGACCACUAAAAAUCAAUAAAAGGAAAAUAAUUCGGUGAAACAUAUACAGAGACAACAAUUUUUAUUCACGAAGACAAGUAUAAAAGUGUCUCUGAAAAUCCUUGUUUAUGUUUUAAGCCGGCUUCCCGGUGUUUGCUUUUUUCAAAGAUGAACUCGAGGCAAGAAAAUUGCUCAAAGCUUUCUUUUACAGCCAGAAUUGUAGCUAAAUAUUCUUUGAAACGUUUUCUUUCUGUUUGCAGUGAGAAAAUGUCUAAAGACUUUUUAAAGUUCUAUUAGCUUAUAAUCAAACCUGAUACUCGGUCAGAUCAUUGUCUCAAAUCUUACAAACGUGCAUAAACUAAAUAGCCGCAUAAACUACACCCGACUUCAUUAAAUUAGAUAUAAAAAAGAAACACCAAAUACAAUAAUUACUCAGGCUAGGCUUACCAUUCGAGAUGCACUGAAAACUAUCAAGUAAGGCCAUAAUCGCUACAGACUUUUCAACCCUCUUACGCAUCAAGCAAGGUGAAAAACGAAAACGAUGCCAUCCGAAUUAGAUUUCCGACUUUGACAAGCGACGUAUUUCUCAACAAAAACCCCAAAAAACAAACUAGCUUUGAAUAACAGAAGACUCUUGAAGCUUCUUGAUAGCAGCAGAAUUUCAUUUUGUACAUCCAGUGGAAAAAAACAGUUAAAAACAUCACAAGCUGACACAAAACUCUGUCAGCUUCAGCUCUCAAAGUAAACAAGUUUCAAGAUGCUGCAUAAAUUUUCCGCAUGAACUCACCUGUCAAAUUGUGACCAAUCAGAGCAUUAAAAUUGGACGUAGAACGUGACCAGCGCGUGACCUCGGUGAGAAAAGUCAAAAGCAACUGGCAUGACUUCCCUGCCUGUAAAAACUGGCUGAAUUUUAGCUUCAGCGGUCAGUUUGAAAUCAAAAUUUUAAUUGUGCGGCACAUAUAAAACACAACACAUUAAAAAAUUAAACUUGAGCCUGCGAUCAUUUGAAAACUAGUAACUUGUCAGCGGAUAACUUCAAAAAGAUACUCGACCUCGAUUGGUCGACAUCUGAGCCCGCGAUAUGUUCAGGUGAUACUGGUCAGCGGAUACCCUGUUUUGACAGCUGUCAGUUGAUCACAACAUUGAUGUACAAUGUGUGUGCAAUAUCAGUCUUCCUGUGCUCCCAAACUAGCUAGAGUGAACAUUGGUUGCCCUGUGGUGCGGACGGGCGGGCGGGCGGUGUACGGUCACGUGAUUACCAAAUUUUCUGGGAUGGGUAGAUGUACUUACCCAUGGUGCUCCGCAGGCGCGCUUCGCGCACCAGAGCUCCGCUAUAAACUGUUGUUAAGAGGAUUAAUAUGUGUAGCCCACAUUUUCUUUGUUUCUAAUUUCAGGCCAAUUUGGAAAUAAACAAGGAAAAGUUUGCUUCUGAACUUGUCUGUUUGCUGGAUGACAACUCUUUACCGCAGGACGUGGCAGUUUUUAAACAGUUGUUGGAAUCGUUUUUCAUCGCAGGUGCAGCUCGUAUUGACCUGAUAGCAGAAAUAAUGAAUCUUGACAACGACAUUGGGGGAUAUAACUUUGAUAUUCCCCUUCUUGACCAGACUGAGCAAGCGAUUAAAGAGGCAACUACAACAAAAGGUAAUAGUGUUUUGUCAUUAACUAUAUUUAACUUUUAUAAGAUUAGGUUAAGCAUCUUCUAGCGUCUCCUGCUGAUUACCAGUUUUAGAAGUAGGUUAAUCUGAAAAAUUGUUUUGAAAUUGAAUGUCCUAGGAAACCAAAUUAUUUACUUAUUUAUUUAUUUGUUUGUUUAUUUGCUAUGUGGUAACUGAUUUUAGGCUAGUAUUCUUCUUUCCAUCGAAAUUUUUGUUAACCCUUUACCUCUCAUCUAAGAGCCGAACGACUGUUUGAAAAUACAGCUGUUGAGCCCAAGAACAUGAAACAAUCUCCGUGUAAUCGCAAAUCUGUAUCGUCACAUAUAUAGAGAAUACUUCAGGGAAAGUGCUGGCGUACGGUAUUUACGCACGAGUUGUUUACGUAUCAGAAAUCGAACGAGUGAGCGCAGCGAACGAGUAAGAUUUCUGAUACAAAAACAACGAGUGCGUAAAUACCGUACAAAGCACUUUCCAUGUGGUAUUGUGUUUAUUAUAUACAUACUGAGACAUUCAUCAUUUUGGCGGCCUUUUUAUUUUAAAUCUUUCAAAAAUGCUAAAAUUUGCCGCUACACACUUACCGCAAAAUGACAACGAAAACGAAGUAUCAGCUUUUUGGUAAAAACGUUUGUUAAAAACAUAAAUGACGGUAAGGAUAUGGGGUAAUCCAAGAACUAUAAGUAAUCUUAACAGUUUGUUCUCAAUGCACAAUUGAAAAUGAGUGAAUUUAAGUAAAAUGGCCGGUUUCAAUAUAAGCUUAAGCUUAAAUGACGGCAAAGUAGCUCCGACAAAAAGCACAACAAAAGCUUACGCCUCGUUCUGUUUUUCCCUUUCCGCUGUUGUUUCGGCGGCUGUCUACCGUUUUCUUUAUCGACAGUGAAACAAACGAAACUAUUCCACUCCAUUUCCGAAAUGUUUUUCACUUUGUCAGUGAGAAAAACUCUUUGAGUAAAACUUUUCUCGUUGAAUGUGUGCGAAGCGGCGCUGCAAGCUGCAAUAAAAGACGGGAAUUUUGGCGCGAAACUCACACACCUCUGUGGCUUCUAAUUGGACGUAUCAUUUUUCUCACACGUGAAAAAACAUCGUUCGCGAUUCUGAUUGGACGUAUCAUUUUUUUCCUCGUGUGAAAACCAUCGUUCGCUCCUCUGAUUGGCUAGAACUCAUUUGGGUACGAAAAUUUACGACAUAGCUUUUUGGUGAGUAUUUCUCAGUAUGUAUAUAAUAAAAUAAGUUCCCCGCUUCAGGAAAUCUAAGAGAAUGCAUGUAGGAACAUGAGGCUUUGGGUGCAGUGAUUUCUAAGAUUGUUUGGGUGACCAAACGUUAGUUAUGAUUGGUCGAUGGUGUUCAAGGCAACCAUUAACCAGCUAGUCAUAAGAAACGCUUGUUGACUCAAACAAUCCCAGAAAUCGUUGCGCCGGAAGCUUGUACACAUUCAUCCCCUUGUAGUUUCUGGAGAGGGAAAUUCGUUUGGAGCUACUUAACAAGUAAAGGAGAAGAUAAAAACGGGAAAUAAAGUACAAAGAACGUGAAUUUUUAAAUGACUUUUUCAAGGUGCCCCAAUAACAAAGGAACUUCAGCAGAUGUUUAUGGAUAACCUUCUAAGCUCAUAUAGGGAACUGGAAAGAUCUUUCAUGAAAAAGUUCUACGAACUUUACAAGGCUUUCAAGUUCCGUACAUUAUGGGAAGGAAACAAUCCCUUGGCCUCGUUUCGAAGAGUAGCGAGUGAAAGUGCCAAGGGCACGGGACGACUAAACGGCGUUGUACAACUCACUGGAGUGCUUCGAAAGUUCCAGAAACUUAAGGAUAAAGCCAACAAGUGUUUCACUUUUAAUAAAUACACCACUGACAUACACAGAUGGAGUUUCAAUAGUGUAAAAGACAAAAAGGUAACAACAACAACAAUGUACUUAUUUAAAGAAAUAUAAAGUUUACAAUUUUAUGUCCUGCAAAUAGCUAUAAUGCUAAUCUAGGCAGGGCAAGACUUUAAAUGAAGACGUUAUUAAAUUACAUAAAAAAAGAAGCCUAUUUAGCUAUAGUUAAAGCAUUCUGUCUUGGAAAAUAUUGUUUGCAAUAGCUAUCUUUGUAUGUGAUAUAGACACGACUAAAACUUUGCAUCCAAUUUUAUGACUCCUGAUUAAAAUAUCUCCAAACCUAGAGUGCAAUGAUAAAGCGAAUUCUCCCUCUUCCAAAUUACUAUUCUAAGUUUUAAAAGCCUCUCAGUAAGUUCACAGUUCGUGUUUUAUCCGAGUCUGGAACUAAUAAUUAUACACUCAGUUGUUCCUCUUAUUUUAAAUAAAAAGAUCAAUCUGAUUUUUGGGACGAAUUUCUUCUUUGUCGUUAUCGUUUUUGUUGUUAAUACAUGGCGUAGGAAAUGUUUACCCUUUCCUAGUCUUAAAAGACCAUUGUUGGAUUGAAUUUAAAGGUAACCCGCAUAAAAACUGAAUACCUUAUUGGAGGAAAUUAACAAUGCACGUUGACAACGCGAAAAAAAUUUACGUUGCACUAAAUUAACGCUAAUUUUUCAUAAGUUAGGUUUACAUGCAUGAAAUUAACGCGACGAGCAUCUCUUUAUAUUCAACACAAAUUUGCAGCACUUACAAAAUCUCAACAUAAAUAUAUAUCAAGGAGAAAAAGAAGCAUUUACAUGAAGGAGUUUUUGACCUGUUAACUUUGCUGUUAUGUUAACAUUGCGUUUUAUCUGUUUUAGAUGUUUGAAGACCUUGCCUCUAAAGGCUAUUCAAGAUUUACCAUUAACAUUGACCAGAGCUGUGUAAAAUGCUAUAACAUGCGUCUACUCAAGGUAAGAUCCUGAGAAAGAUAUGAAUGUGUUUUAUUUUCGAACACCUGAUAAGAUGAGGACAUUUUUAAGCUGACGCAAUUUUACCUUUGACCACCUUUUUUCGCUUUAUCAUACAAAAAAAGACUUUCUUUCUUAGACUCGACCGUGCACAACGUUAAAUAGCAUACCUAUCAUUUUGAACUUACUUACCAAUAGAAACACCGCAUUAAUUCAUUCAGUCACUAUUUGUGAACAAAAAACAAAGUUUGUGCACGCUCAGGAAGCUUCCAGCAUAAACUGCAGCGCCUUUGUUUUCAUGUUUGAUGUUUGCCGGCUAACCAGUCUCAUCUACUAAGGGCCUGUUUACAUGGAGGUAGGGACCCCAGGUAGGUGUAGUAACCCGCUUAGGUGGGGUGACCCGCCACAUGUUACCUCACCUACCUGGGGUCCCCCACCUCCUUGUGAAUAAGCCCUAACUAUGGUCUGGUGUAGGCCAUAAAACUGUGAUGAUCACGUUAUUUGAUUACAAAACCUCAUUAUGUAAAAUGCGACUGCAAACAGUGGUGCCGAAACCUUCUGUACGCGGUAUGCACUUAAACCCCUCUAGAAAGCAGUUUGAAAAUGUGCGCUUUCGAUGAGCGAAUUAAAUGGUUUCGUAUGAACUGACGGACUAUUCGUGUAACACAUUAUGCGAUUUCAAAAAUAGCCGGAUUCGUGUGGACGUGGCCUAUGUGAAAGAAACCUAGGGUCAGGUCUUUAAACGGACUUUAGCCCGAGUGCUUAACGAAACCGCGUUCUAACCCAUUUUCAGUUCCCCCAACGCUUUUAUCUUAACGCCAUUUGUCUUGAAAAGGUUAAUAAAAGCAUAAGGUGUAGUCUGAAAAAGUAAUUAUUUUCUCGAAAUAACCCAAUAAGGAAGGUAUCUGGAGGUCCAACGGAUUUGCCAAACCGCGGCCUACGUUAGACUUCGUUUAAAUAACCGACCCAUAGUAUAUAAGUAUGUCACUCCAACCUUGUUCUAAUAGCGUCUUAUUAAUUUAUAACCCUUUAGAUAUACAUUGAGUUACUCGGUAAGGAGGAUCAACCAGACACUGUUCCACACAAGAUAUAUCUUAAAUUGCGCCAUUUAAGUGGCUCAUUUUUUCGCGUGCCCGUCGAAAAAUCGGACGAAAACCCCAUCAAGCAAUACUAUCAGCCAGUAGCUUCAUACAGGACCAUCAAGUUUAACCGGUUUACGCUGAGUAAUGUAGAGGAAUGUAAGAAAAGAAAAGGCAAAAACACAGGUGAACAAAUAAGUUUUAGUGCCAUAAUAAUCUUUAACAAUAAAUUGUAGGAAUGUUGUGAUAUUCAUUUGUGUAUUUCUUUUUUAUUCUAUCUUUUCCAUUUAUUUAUUUAUUUGUUCAUUCAUUUUUUUUUUAAGAAUAGCUUAAUUUGAGUGAAAAAUAUCUAUAGAUAAGCUUUAAAAUUAGUGAACAUGUCGUCCAAAUACAGCUAUAAUCGGCUACUCCGGGUUUAAAUCCUCGGCCACCCUUGUAAAUCAAGCCAACCAGUUGCCUCCUGCCAUUUGGGUUUUUCAAUCCCGUUGUAUCAUAUAUAUUUGAAUCAUUUGUUUCUAAUUACUGGAAAAGUGCUCGUAAACUUUGUAGAGGAUAAGUGGACUUUCCACCAUUAAUAUCAUACUUGACGAAUUACACUUUAAUUUUGGCGCGAAAUUUCAGCGUUAAUUUGUAAUUUCACAUGUGAAAUUACAAAAUUGCCAUGGCAACCCUUCCGUACGUCUCAGUGUCAAGAUGGCGACGAAGUUUUAAAAUGCCGUGAAUGAAGAUGUCAGGGCACAAAAAGACGCUUUAGAAAACCUGAACACAUAAGAGAACAUCAAGAAGGAUUCUAACAGGUAUUUUGCCAAAAAAGUCUGAAAAAUUCUGAACUUUAUAAGCCAAAUUUAAGGUCUAAACAUUUGAGAGAGUGGAGUUCUCGAUCGAUACGAUCCUAUCUUGGAUUUUUGACACGUUUAUCCAACGUAAUUCGUCACCCAUGAUAUUAAUAGGUAAUCAAAUGGUAUACUCGUGAAAUUAGGGAAUAAUUUCACUUGCGUUUUGUCCAAAUCCUAAUAAUUUCCCGAGCCUUCAGGCUCGGGAAAUUAUUAGGAUUUGGACAAAAAGCAAGUGAAAUUAUUCCCUAAUUUCACUCGUCACUAUUUGAUUACACAUACAAACAUACCUUUAACCUUUUUAAUCUUAAUAUACUGACCAGUUUUUCUUCUAUGCGGUUUAAUUAUAGAACCAAAAACCAAUCAACACACAGUAUAAGUACUGGCUCAAAUCCAUUUUUCCUUUCAGAAUCAUACUGUGUUUCCGAGGACGACUCUCGUUGGGUAGCAAUGUGUAAUCACGCCUUAAAUAAGCGCGGAAGUCACAGUAAGGACGCUUUGUUAGGGAUGGAGGAAUGCCAGAGCCCGUUUGGUAUUUACGAGCUGAAGAUACCAAUCGACAACAAGCUAGCAUGUGAUACCAACAGAAUUACAACCACGAACUGCAAAGAUCUUGAUGUGGGUGGCUGCUUUAGUCAUAUUAAGGACAUUAGAAAAUUGCCUAGUUUCGCGCUUUUAUGUUUUAUAACUUCAAAAUAUUUGUACAUUAUCUCAGGAAAGAGGUCAAAUUCAGACAGAUUAAAUCCGUAGGGUGCUUGCGACUGCCUCCCUCUCGAUCAGGUAGCAAAAUUAGUGGAAGUAUAAAGAUGCUCGUAAUAGACAGGGAAAAAGAAAACGUUGUCAAAUCCGUGGCCUUAUUUUGGACAAUAGAUGAUACUGGCAUCUAGGUAUCUAUGAAGGCAUUGAAUCUUCUCCAUUUUUGCGACAACAAUUGCGUUCAAAAUAAAUCUCACACUUCUAGUUCAUAGGCUUUAGAGCCCCUCUCCCUCCCCCUCCCUCCCUCACUAAAGAGCUGAAUAUCUCUAAAACCGUUCAAGAUAUGACCACCGAACUUAGCGACUUUUCCUACAAUUUAUCUGGGAACAUUUUGGUUGUCGUGAAUGGUAUGUUAACUUUAAAGUUACCAUAGGAACAGAGUUUUGACACUUAUGGUUUUCAUUAGAUGCCACUUCCUGGUCGCAGGAAGCAAAAAAAGGCCGGUCUCAAUAGGGUUAAGAAACUGUUACUCUUUUUUACUUCAAGACUACUUUGAUAGAAAACGCUUUUCCUUGUUCCUUUUUAUUAGCUGACCAAGUUCACCCAAAUGAACGUGUGGACCCAUUACGUAUUCUGGGAUGGAGAAUAUCCCAAGAGCCCGGGUGAUAUCGUGUGUCGCAAGAGCCAGCAAAAGAAACGGAACGAGACUGCCACUGCUUAUCAGGAAUCGAAUGUCAUUCUGGAUGCUGGAGAUUAUUUUUGA